ACUAGACCCAGGUCCCUUCGCAGCGAUCGCGUCAACUCAUAAACACAGCAAAUAUAAACUCGACUGGCACAACUUUAACCACUCUACCAGCUACAAGGAUUCUCGUAGAGACCAGAGAUACUUUAGAGUUCGAAGAUAAAACCAAACUUAGCUUUGAGCGCCAAUUUCAUGGCUUUCCAACCACUACUGGCGACCAAAAUGAGAGGGGAAACCUAAAGAGCGGAAUGCAUUGAGAUUUGGAGGUUUGGCAGCUGUUUUCUGCACACUGCAGAAGGUAUCAUCGAUUGACUGAAGUAUGAGUGAGCUGUCUUCACCUCGCCAUUGCAGCACUGCAGUGAAGGAAGCAAAAAUUCCCCAUGGUGCUAAGGCCAAAUCUGCCUGUCCCUCAGCACAGAACAAAGAGGGCGGGGAACUUGAUAUUACCUCCCCGGCCGCGAGAGUAAUGAAUACUACAGAAGGCAAGCGCGGCGACACAAACGGGAUUGUGGGAAUAGCGCCCCCUCUCGGCGAGCACGAGAAGUACCAUGUUUUCUUCUGCUACAGCAGCGCUGAUGGUCCAUGUGUGGAAGACAUGGUUCAAAAGCUCGAAUCGGACGAAAACGGCUUCAAGUGCUGUUUUCACGAGCGCGAUUUCCCUCUCGGAGAGGAUAUCUUUAAAAAUAUGGCACGUUCCAUUGAAGAGAGUCAAAAGACUGUCUUUGUACUCUCGCCAGAUUUCGUCAAGAGCAGGUGGUGCGAGUUCGAAAUGCAGAUGGCCAUGGGCAAAAACAUCACAGAGGAAAACAAAAAGGUCAUUCCCGUCAUGCUCCGCAAGUGUGACCUGCCUUACUUCCUUCGACACAGGACCUACCUGGAGGAAGGGUCGAAAUAUUUCUUAAACAGGUUUAUUGGCGCUUUGGAAGAUGAAUCAGGCGUCCAACCAGAUCCCUUCUCAGCAUUCACCUGCAACCCCAACUACAGUAUCGGCCAGGCCGUGUGUAGGGCGGACUCGAUGUUCACGUCGUCGUUGGGUUCUUGUCAGUUCGAUGAUGAGAUUGUCCCUGCUGAACUAAUGUCUAGAGGAAUAAAGAUAUCAAGAGACGAUACCGCCGAGGUCUUCGACAAAUUGCAGAAGAGUCUCAAGAUGGAAUAUUUCACUUGGUUCUACACCACUCAGGGCCAAUUGACCGCAUUUGUUCUUCUAACUUUCAUCUUUUAUCACAAUGGUGAUAAAUCGGUAGCUGGAGAUUUGUCCCCAUUGUUUAGCGGACUCGUGGGAGCUGUCGCACUCUGCUGGAUGGCACGUUUCUUUCUGAACAAGUUGAUGGAACGCACAAUGGCGAAGGUGAAUGCCAUACUGGUGAAAUACCACAUCCUCGCCACUGUGACGGACGAAUACUUUGGUCGCAAUCAACCAGUUGUUCAUUUUGUGUACUACGAGAGAGGAUCUUGUCUGGAGGAGUUGCUGGUUAGAGGGACACAGAAGUCAUCCACAAUGGAAAACAGCAUACAAGGCGACUCUGUAGACCCAGUGAUGCCUGAGGCGAGUGUAGACGCAUCCAGCACAGAUGUUCAGGAGAAGAAGUCAACGCGUGCAUCCCGCAUGCAAGACCUCAGGGCUAAAGCUGAAGACCUUUUGCUGAAGUAUAGCGACCUGUACGUGCGGCGACUGGUCACCAAAGAACUACCGGAGCUCCGUGAUGAGUCCCGCGGGCACACCCAGCAGGGCACCUGUCUGUGUCAGCUGGUGGAGAUGUACGAGUUCAGUGGUUUCCUGGACUGGGUUGUGAUCAUCGUGACUGGUCAAUCAUUUAGCUACUGGAAGACGCAUCCCCUGAUUUCGACUUUUAGGGUUCUUUUUCUUAUUCUUUUGAUCAAUUACUUCGUUCGUAGGUUGGUUUAUGGUCGUUCGUUCGAUUGAUUAUGAGAACAACGUGUGCGUGCGGUAUUUGUGGAUUUGUUUGUGGAGAUCCACAAUUUAGGUACAGAUCUAGAGUAUUCUUAUCCAAAAGCUGGACAAGAUGGAAGUAGAGAUGACGGCGUCUACCUUUCGGUGUCUACCUUUUCAAUAGCACUUGUUUUGAUACUUAUUAUGCAGCAAGAGACUUACGUAAGUAAUAUCAUAUACAAAAUUUACUUUUGACUUUAUGAUAAGCUCGGGUGCCACCAUUAAUCCGUGGUAACCACUGGCGAAAAGAUUAAGCCAGAUGUCUGUACGGAAGAUGGUACCUGGGCCUGUAGAUGCGAUGAAAUGAAAUAAUGAAAAUUUACAAAACCUUUUUUUCCUAUACUUCAUCAGAAAACAAAGUGGUGCAUAUUGAGUUCAAUAUUAUGUAUAUGACAUAUGGAGCAUUUGUUCUUUAUAUCAUUUAUUUGAAAUUAUAAUGUCUCAUGAAAGUAACGGAUAAGUUUUAUCAUAUUGAUACCUUGUUCGAGUACUUUUGUACUUACUUCCAACACAUUUACACUCCAUGUAUUGUAACAGAGUCGUUAUUGUUUGAUUUGAAGUAUUAAUUAUAUCAUUAUCAUACAUGAUUAUAUGUAUUUCAAGUUGUUGUCAUAAUCGACUAAUUUAUCUGUGCUUUUAAGUCUCUCUUUAUAGCUGGCACUAUACUCAAGAGUCUAGAAAAUGGCUAACAUUUUAUGGACAUUGUAUGCACAAAAUGACCAAUUCAAUUUUGGAAGCUCUUGUUAGAUUUCACAAUGGCACCACUGUAAUUUACAUGCACUACAUGUUAGGCAUUCAGUUUCUCUAUGGAUUGUAAAUAGUUGUAAUAGCGUUAGCAUGCAUAUUAACGGUAUGUUGUUGCUUUUGUAUUUCUUGCAGACGAAGUUAUGAUUAUGAAGCGAAUAAAGCAACCAAUUGUCCUUGUACCUUCCAAGUGUAUCCGAACACUACAUGUAC